AUGGCGUCGAUUGGUGGCGGUUUUGAGGGCAGUCUCGCGGACAUACUUGCUGAGUUUGGCGAGCUCGACGCAACCGUUCCAGAUGUCAGCACGAACCUCGGCCCAGAUAUCCCUGCAGCAGGCAUUCCAGCAGUUGGUUUCAUCGCAGAUGAUAUUCCAGCAGCAGAUAUUCCAGCAGCAGACAUUCCAGCAGAUGAUAUUCCAGCAGCAGACAUUCCACCAGGUGCAGGAUCAUUGGGUGUGUUGCAGGGCUUCGAGUUGAUGCCUGUGGACCCUGCGCCCGAGAGAGCCGUGCAGCACUUACGCCCUCGGUCCUGGGAGACUGCAAUGAAUGCGCGGCUCGUGCGAUUCCAGAAGCGAGCACGCGUAGCAGAGCAGAGGGCCAUCGACGCGAAGAAGCAGACAGAUGCCAUGGUACGCAGCAUCGUUUCCACAGUUCCUGCAGCAAAGCUAGUUCUCGGUACACCGUCAGGCUCGACAGCGUUAGGGAGGAAACGCAACCUCGAAUCGAACGAUUUCAUCAUGGCAGUUCGCGCUUGCUUCUUGCCAACCAAGGGCACGCACGUGGGAGUGAAUCAGAAAAGACUUGUCACAGUUGCUUCGGAACUGAUUUUGGAUCGGCAGAAGAACGGAGUCGACUACGCAUUCCAUUGCAGUGCACAUCACAUCUCGGACACCAGGAAAUAUAUCCACGUUCAGUGCGGGCAUGCUUGGGACGAGGUGGAGGUGAAAUUAUCAUGGAAACCGAGCGAGAGAUACCGCACGCUGAGAAAAGCAAUGUCGAUACCAACGCUCGUUCAAAGAGCCAACCUCAGCUUCAUGAUGGUGAAUCUCGAGCUCAGGACGGGCAGCAUCCACAAUCCGUACAUCCUUUCCAAGGCUGCGGAGCUCGAGGGAAGCAGAGCUCACGACAUGAUGGGCGGCCUGCGUCGUGGAGGGCCUUUCGAUAUCUUUGGGGAGGACAUCGAUGCGGUUGUGCAGUCAGUGUCAUCGUUGACCUACGCCCCGAUGUGCGAUCGUGCUUCGCAGAACUUGAUCGUGCUGCGCGCGUGGGGUCACCACAUCCAGUAUCAGGUCAAGCCGCGGUUGGGCGCUCUUCACGGCGCCAAGCUUCUUUACAUGCCAGAGACGUGCCAGAUACACGCUCAUCACAGAGGGAAGCUGAAGCUGAUAGGAUGCAGGAAACACACCACGAGACACUUCAGCAUCGUUGCCAUGAUCAGGUACCGCCAGAACUUGUCGAAGAUAAUCAAUGGUAUCGAGCAGAUCGUUUCAGAACGUGCUGAACGGAUCGUCGGCCCGCCACCCGACCACGCACAUUCACAUACGCUUCAUUUGUUGUGCGAGAUGCUCUUUAGUUUCGAGUCGGACUACCACAAGCGCGGGAAGAACGGCCAGUCCGAGUCACAACUGCUCACAGAUCUCCGAGAUUUGUGCAAGAUCAUGAACGGCACCAUCGGCGAUCAGAAGAUUACCCACUACUGCCACGACCCUGCGACGGGCAAGCCGUGCUGCCGCUCAAGGCAGGAGACAGUAGACAAGAUGUGCGUGGCCGCGGUCCACGCGCUCUACGGCACCGCCGACGCGAGGCCGGCAGAAUCGCGGUGGACGAACCUGUUGAUGUGCAUGAAGCGGACCCUUCUGCGACGGCUGACCUACAGGCUUGGGAUUGAUUCGUUCACUGGGGCUUGGAGCACGGACGACGGCCCUUGUCCGAUGCCAACGGCUUCCAUGGAUGAGGGCACCGAGGAUUAUUGGAAGACGGUGUUCCGCAUCAGGGCCCGCAAAGUCCGAGAGUAUUACAGCGAGGAGAGGACCUUUUUCGAGCUGGCCGUGUUCUCCAGCAUCAUCGAGACAGCGGACGAGUAUCUCCUAUACCCCUUGCUGGGGAAUACAAUUCCGAAGGGCGGGUGCAAGUCUAAGCUGGACCACCUGCUCGACCACGAUUCCUACAUCGGCAUGUUCUCCGAACGGAUGCUUCACUUGCUGGAUUCUUGGAACAACGGUGACCAGAUGCGACAACCGUGGGCAAUUCUGGACAUGCUUCAGGCUCCGAUUCAGGAUCAGGAGUUCUCAAGGUCCACCGAGGACGAGAAGCGCCGCGCAGCCCAAGCAGCUCUCCAAAAGACAGACCAGAAGGGCGCGUAUACGAAGGGCUUGGUGGAGCUGUUCCCGACCGAGGACGACCUGAUGUCUACAAAGUGCAUGUCUACAUUAUACAAUGAUUUCAGGUGCUUGUACAACGACGGAGGCAAGGAGAAUGUGAGUUGCAUGCCGUUGGUGAACGAUUCCCCGACCAUCCCGCAGAAGCUCCAUAUACUUCCGUUGCAAGGGCCUGGAGAUCUUCCAGCCUUGGCAGAUGCUGUUCGUGAGAACGAUGGCGCCAUCGUCGAAGGAGCGUCGGAGCAGCCGACCGAGGAGAGGUCAUUCGAGAAUGAGAUCAGCAUCACCAGGCAGAACCCUGCUCAUUGGACGCCGCCAUCGGACGUGGACCCCAAGAACAGAGACCCUGGCGCUGGUUCACGCGCUCCUGGAUUGAACCCAUACCUUCUUGCGAGAAAUCAGUAUAUGAACGACGCCAAGGCAUCGAAGGGGAGAACGUUGACGGAGGAGGAGCUGAGCACGUUGUCGACUAGGUUUCGGCAGAUGUGGGUCCAGGAUAUAGAUCGGGACGUCUUCAAGGAGGCGCACAGCAUGUGGAAGGCGCGGCCGAAGAAGCAGACUGACGAGACCCCGACCACCUACAAGACCACUUGGGGCGGCGGAUGCAGCUCUACUCCCAUCACGCCAGACGAGAUGCUCGCGUGGGUCUCCAAGAACGGGUGGCCUAAGGACUCGCAGGUGUACGACGAGAGCGGCAAGGAGAGGAGCGUUGCGAGCGACAACUCAGUGGACUUCGCGCUGUCUGCAGAGUACGACUUGUGGGGCACUGGACGGAGCGCCAGAAACGUUGACAGAUCAACGAGCAGACAACCAGCAGCCUUCGAGAUCGUAGAGAAGGGCAUGCACAAGUUCAUUGACCACAUCGGCCGUGCGAAGGCGGACGAGUCCGAUACGAUGAUUGUGGUUGCUGGUCGCAGCCCCACUGGAGGCACUGCGAGGACGGUCUGCAUCAUCAGCGAUGUGACCUACAACCCGAAGAUCUUCGACGUAACGAUGAACGCGUUCGAGAAGGAGCAGAACAGCACCAGCGAGGACAUUGAGCUACCAUGCUGCGUGUACAUCGCAGAUCGCCAGAGCAAGCUGAACGGCGUCGAGGCCCAGGUGAUCGAUACGAAAACUUCCGACGAGUGGAUCUACCUCUUGGCGGACAUGAUGGAUACCAUGGAGCUCUACGAGGCGCACUACCAGGUGGACCACGCCGACGGGACACUGAGGCGCUCGAGGAUUACAGGUCUACAGUACUUGGGGAAGCUGUGGGAGACUGGAAUGAAGAGGCCGCUGCAGUUCAACGCGGAGCCCUCGAGCACGACUGCCAAGCACGAGAAGAUCGCGCAGGCCAUGGGCGAGGCCGUGGACGUGGAGGCCGCGCGGGAGGUGCCGCAGGAGCCAGUCAUGAUGAGGGUCCUCUUCCACUUGCAGAUCGUCAAGAGCCUGAGCUUCAAGGUGAUGAUGGUCCACGCGAGGAUGGCGAUUCAGGAGGCGUUCGACGUCGCUGAUGACGUUUGCAAUGAGUCUAUCACGUCAGCCGAGGAGCUCGACCAUGCGUAUGAUGAUGAUAUUCCUGCUCAGCUGGUCGAUCCAUUCCCGCCGCCACUGGAACCAGAACCUGGUGUAGAGCCAGUCGUGGAUCCUCCCACGUGCGACGACCACACGUUGUCAAUUAUUACAGGUGGCGUUGCAAAGGUUUUGGACGGCACCGAGGACCUAUCGGGGCCUUCUGAUCCAGCUAAUGGCGUUGGCGUUCCUGGUCAUGAGGAGCCUCCACCUCCACCUCCGCCAAGUCAUCAGCCAUGGCUUCUGCUGGGAGAACCGUCAGCAUCAGGCUACAUACACAUGGCAGGGAGGCACAUCAUGCGCAUUCAGCGGGGGAAGCCUGCGAAGUCGGUGACAGUGAACUGCUACCGUCGCAGGUCAUGCCAUCUCUGUCUGACGGAGUGGGCGUGUCCAUCCGACAUGGCGUUGAAGGAGUGGCUGUUCUCCGUCGAGGCUACGCCGACGGGCGCGGACGCUGCCGCCAACAAGAAGCUGGCGAGCGAGCACAUGAACAUCGCGAAGGACCAGUGGGGUGUGAAGAAGAGGAAGCGUUGA